UUCAAGGCCAGGUGUACCAUAAAAUCGGAUCACUGAUGCCAAUGCCUGAUAACAAUCCGAAAUUUCUUCAAAUUUAUUUUAUGGGCGAUUGUGAAGAGCGCGUGACGACUCGGUGCCUGUAUAAUUUUAUUGAACAAGCAGAGGAAAGAGCAAUUGUGAUAUUAUUGGAAAAUUUUUUAGAAGAUCACAAUCAACUAAUUCAAUUGAUCAAAAGAGUUUCGCCACGACUGCAAAAUGACAAUUAUCAAAUCGUCAUAAAAGCCGACAAAGUACCAUUAGGUGAACAUGCUGGUAGAUUCAACGCUCCAACUGUUGAUGAGGUUGCUGUUAUCAUGGUUGGUGAUCCAGUUGACAAAAGAUCUAUAAAAAUUACACGGCGAGACAACACUGUCAGUACGAUUUCGGAUCUACACCGUUCAUAUGACGCACUACAAUAUCCAUUGAUAUUUUGGCAAGGACAAGAUGAAUAUCACCUUAAUAUCAAACAGUGAUUACAGAAAUAAUAAAGUUAGCUCAAUGAACUACUACGCACACCGAAUAAUGGUUAGACAACAUCAAGACAAUUAUAUCCUUCGAUAUCGUCAGCUGUUCCAUCAAUACAUUGUUGAUAUGUAUG